CACUGUUUUGCAACUGUUCUGCUGGUAAAGAAAUGUGGCGGAAACUGCAAUAAAUGUUAUUCGGGAUUCUGAGCACAGACAGCGAAGUUUAAGUUUGUGCCGGUGAAUAUACAUGAGCAGUAUGUCUGCGGGGAAAAAAGGGAGCGCGAUCUUCUCUGGAUUCAGGGCGCUGGGGCUUUACUCUAAUCAUCUGGCGCACGUGGUUCGCUUCCAUAAGAAACACAGAGAGUUCUAUGUGGUCACUGCAGUUGGACAGUGUUUCCAUACGUAUAACGUAAAGAAACUUGGAAUCGUUGCAGUCAGUAAUGCCCUCCCAGAAGACAUUUCAUCCGUGGCAGCAGAUUGUAUGCUUGUCUAUGCAGCACAUGGAAAACUUAUCUGCGCUUUUGCUAGAAGCAGAGAGGUUGUUCACACAUACACCGGUCACCAAGCUGAUGUGCAUUUGCUGCUGCCUUUUGGAGAUCAUUUGAUUUCUGUUGAUAAGGAUAAUAUGGUUAUCAUUUGGGAUGUGGAGUCUGAGGACACAUAUCUGCAGAUUUCAUAUGACAAAGCAUCUUUUGAGGUCUCCGCUUUGAUGCAUCCGAGCACCUACCUGAACAAGAUACUGUUUGGAAGCAGUCAAGGGAGUCUUCAGUUAUGGAACAUCAAAUCAAACAAACUCCUGUUCACAUUUUCUGGAUGGGCAGCUGCUGUUACCGUUCUUCAACAGACUCCAGCUGUGGAUGUUGUAGGUGUGGGUUUAGCGUCUGGCCAGAUCAUCAUUCACAAUAUCAAAUUUGACGAAACACUGAUGAAGUUCCAACAAGACUGGGGUCCAGUCACAGCUUUAUCCUUCAGGACAGAUGGACAUCCAAUAAUGGCAUCUGGAAGUCCUAUUGGACACAUAGGGCUGUGGGAUUUAGAGGAGAAGAAACUAGUGAGUCAAAUGCGAGAUGCUCAUACAACCGCGAUCGCUGGCCUCACGUUUCUUCAAAAUGAACCCCUUUUGAUCACCAACGGAGCAGACAACGCAAUACGGGUGUGGAUUUUUGAUGUUGCCGGUGGAGAUGGUCGUCUGCUGAGACAAAGGAUGGGUCACAGCGCCCCGCCAACAAAAAUUCGCCACUAUGAUCAAAGUGGUUUGAACAUUCUUAGCGCAGGUCAAGAUGGAACUUUGCAGUCAUUUUCGACCGUUCAUGAAAGGUUUAACAAGAGUUUGGGGCAUGGAACCCUCAACAAGGCAAAAGCUAAAAAGAAAGGCGUGAAGUAUGACACAGCAAAACUCCCAUCCAUCACAACGUUUGCUUCAGAAUCGGCACGUCAGAGUGACUGGGAUGGCAUUAUUGCAUGCCACCGUGGCUUUCUUAUGACAACAUCAUGGAACUACCAGAAGGGUUCAAUGGGUGCGCACAAACUGGAGCCUGAACGAUUCAACAGAAACCGUAGCCUCAAUGUCCAUGCAACUGCUGUGGAUAUCAGCUCUUGUGGGAACUUUGCUGUGAUUGCGCUGUCUUCGGGACACAUCGACGUGUACAACAUGCAGUCUGGUCUUCAUCGAGGGCAUUAUGGAGAGGACAAGGCACAUGAAGGGCCUGUGCGUGGAGUUGCUGUGGAUGCUUUAAACCAGUUGACUUUUAGUGUGGGAGCAGACCAUCUUCUAAAAAUCUGGAAGUUCAAAUCAAAGGAGCACUUGCAUACUCACAGUUUACCUGCCGCCCCGGCAUCAUCUCUGCUGCACAGGGACAGUGGGAUGCUCGCCAUUGCUCUAGAUGUUUUUACCAUUCACAUUUUGGAUGUGGAAACUAGGAGGAUUGUCCGCAAAUUCUCUGGACAUCGUGGCCAGAUCAAUGACAUGACAUUUAGUCCAGAUGGACGUUGGCUGAUUACAGCAUCUAUGGACUGCACCAUCAGAACAUGGGAUCUUCCAUCUGGCAGUUUGGUCGACUGUUUCCUGGUAGAAGCAGCAGCCGUGAGUGUCAGUUUGUCCCCUACCGGGAACUUCCUGGCCUCGUCGCACGUUGACGGCCUCAGUGUUUACUUAUGGUCCAACAACACGCUGUGCAGUUUGGUGUCAUUGCGCCCUCUACCUGCAGACUAUGAGCCAACCGUGAUCAUGCUGCCUGGCAUUUGCCCAAACAAAGAUACAGAAGAGGAGGAUGUCUUUGAUGCUGACAGCUCUGAGAUGGCAGAGUACAUUUCUCCAGCACAGUUAGAUGAACAUCUGGUCACUCUCUCACUGCUUCCUGACUCACGCUGGAAGAACCUGCUGCAUCUCGACAUCAUCAAGAAAAAGAACAAACCCAAAGAGCCUCCAAAAGUGCCCAAAGCAGCACCCUUCUUUAUUCCCACCAUUCCAGGGCUGGUGCCCCAGUUUUCUCUUCCCAGCACACCUUCAGAAGCCCAGUCUAAAGUUGUCAACUUAGGAGUAUUGGCACAGAAGUCCAACUUCUACAAUGAGCUUGAGAAUGCUUUAGAGAGCGACUCCUAUGAAGAGCCGGUAAAGCUGUUGAGAGAGUUGGGGCCCUCUGCCAUUGAAACAGAACUUCGGGCCCUGUCUCCAGACAUGGGUGGAGAUGUUGGAGUCAUGAAGAGCUUCCUCAAGAUGAUCAGCUGCAUCCUUAAGUCCAAAAGAGAUUUUGACCUGGCCCAAGCUUAUCUGGCAUUAUUCCUAAAGCUGCAUCUUCGGUUGAUCUCGGAUGAGCCUGAACUGAUGGAGGAGGCAGAGAGAGUGUCUGCGCAGCUGGAGGAGACGUGGAUGUCCAUACAGACACUCUUAAACCAGAGCAUUUGUCUGUUGUCUUAUAUUAAGAGUGCGCUGCUGUGAAACACCAUCUGCAUUUUUUUUUUAGAUUUCUAUGAAUUUGUAUCAGACCAAUUUUGUUAAUACAGAUUAA